UCAACGUCAACGUCGCGGUAUGUUCGCUCCGCGAAGUCGCGCCGCGAUUCACGCGCAUAGUCUGGAGGGGGUUUAUAGAUCCGCUGUCGUCAGUUAGUACCGGGACCGAUGUCGCCGCAGUUAAAAAAUUAUAUUUCUGUGGUACAGUGACAUCGGGCCUGAUAAUCGUUUUCCGUUUCACGGAGUAUGCACAUCGUUAACAAUAUUUGAAAUGUAAAAAAAACUUUGUAAUUACCAAAAAUGUUCAAUGUUUGAUAUUUUUGCAUAUGAAUCAUUUUUUUGUUUCUAAUAUUGUUCCUUAUCGAUGUGCUUAUAUUUGGUGAAACGGAAAAAUUCUUUUGCUCGGGCCUGAUAAAGUGUGGAUGUAAUUGGCACUUAUGCACUUCAACUGUAUAAUGUACCAUUUCCAGCGGCGGCAUCAUGGUUCCACUUUUAUCACUUGUCACUAUGUCCGUCACUUUCGCGCUUACAUACUUGUUAGAACGUGACAGGCAUGGUGACAAAUGAUAAAGAGCCAACCAUCUUAGCCCAGUUGGGCUGUGCUUUACAAGUAAUAAAAAAGCGGCCAAGUGCGAGUCGGACUCGCCCAUGAAGGGUUACGUACCAUUUAUGACGUAUUAAAAAAACUACUUACUAGAUCUCGUUCAAACCAAUUUUGGGUGGAAGUUUGCAUGGUAAUGUAUAUCAUAUAUUCUUUUUAGAUUUUUCAUUCUGUUAUUUUAGAAGUUACAGGGGGGGGGGGGGGACACAUUUUUUUAACUUUGGAAGUGUCUCUCGCGCAAACUAUUCAGUUUAGAAAAAAAUGGUAUUAGAAACCUCAAUAUCAUUUUUAAAGCCCUAUCCAUAGAUACCCCACACGUAUGGGUUUCAUGAAAAAAGAUUUUUUGAGUUUCAGUUCUAAGUAUGGGGAACCCCCAAAAUUUUUUGUUUUUUUUUUCUAUUUUUGUGUAAAAAUCUUAAUAUUCUUAAUGCGGUUCAUAGAAUACAUCUACUUACCAAGUUUGAACAGUAUAGCUCUUAUAGUUUCGGAAAAAAGUGGCUGUGACAUAAUUGGACAGACAGACGGACAUGACGAAUCUAUAAGGGUUCCGUUUUUUGCCAUUUGGCUACGGAACCCUAAAAAUGGAACUAUGAUGCCACCGCAGUUCUUCUAAUUUCCUGGGGUUAUCUCUUAACAAGAAAAAUCUACAUCGCUAUACCUAAGCGUCACACUGCUGCAUUUUGUGUCACAUGCAAUCACUUUAACAGUUCACCAAUCUAAUAUAAUAGGCAAUAUUACAUUUGUUUUACUAGCUGUUGCCUGCGACUUCGUCCGCGUGGAAUCUUGAACAUUUUACAUCUUUAGUAGGUACCUAUAAUUUUCAUAUCCAAGCAAUGUUGAAAUUACUUUUCUUUUUUUGCAAAUUGUAUGAAGUUUUAAGUCAGGUGGAUUUUGAUGUUAGUUGCUGUAAUUCAACAUGAACAUAUUUUAAUGAAUGCAGCAAAAAAUAGCAGUUAAUUUAGAAUUAGAUGAACAAAGAUGACUUAAGGAAAUUAGAGAGACAAUUGUCAAUCUGGCAGAGCCACAAAUCACACAGGCCAGAUACAUAAUCUUGGGUAUUACACACCUGCAGUAGUUAGAGGUCUAAAUAACUCAUUGUUUGGUUUAACUUUUAGCUGGAGCUUUCCGGUAGUUUUAAAAUUAAUUAGUUGACGUUAUCUAUGUCUAACGAAAACAUACGUAUUUAAUGUGUAAAUAGUUUAAUGUAUAUUUUACUAAAACAUCCAUGGAAAUAAGGUCAAAAAGACGAAACAUAUUUUUGAUAGAAGUAAGUAGUUUAAAGAGCAUAAGGAAGACAGAAAAUUAAGAGUGGAGGUAGGAUUAAAGCUCCAGAAAUAUCAGUAAGUAUUUUGAUUAUUAUAUAAUCACCGCAGAACUUCGGUAUAUAAUACGUUUGCAGUUUCACCCCAGUGCUAAAAUAACCAGGUUUUUAGUCGAACUAACCCUGGAACAGGCUACAUGAAAUUGGCCGUGAGAAAAGCAAUCCUCCCUUAAGUCGAUGCCUGCUAACUUAAAUGUUUGGCCUUGAGAUUUAUUAAUUGUCAUUGCAAAACAACGCUUUAGGGGAAACUGUAUUCUAUUAAACUGAAAAGGAUAGUCGAAUGGUAUUAGUGGUAUGCGUGGAAUGAAUACCGACUCCCCUUUAGCGGAUCCUUAUGCUAAGAAUUUGUAACUUUAUGUCAUUACACAGCUUAGGUGGGUUUAGAUUUUUUAGCAACAUCACGGGUGCAGCCACUUUGAGAUGAAGGACAUGUUCGGGAAGACCGAAAGGAUUCAAAGACUUUAAAAAUUCCACCGGAUAGUGCACAGCCCCACUUCGAUAACGGUAUCCACGGAUUUAUACUGCAUUUCUUUAGCUUCAAAUGAUGUAAUUAAGAUUUUGUUUAUUUCUCCAGCUGUGUUAUUUUUAGGGGUCAAAAUUGCACGAUAAUAUAUCUUUUUAACGAAGUUUUCAAUUCCUAGCUUUAAAAAAACUUGAACCCAAUUAAAACUUUCAUCUCCUUUUUACCCCCCUCACGGGUUGAAUUUCCAAAAAUAUUGAAAUCUUUUGUUUUUUGUAAUCGGGUAUUAUGAUUAUCUUAGAAGUUCCAAAACAUUUGUAAUGGAUUCAAACUUUUAACCCCCUUUUAACCCAGUUAGGGGAUGCAUUUUAAAAAAACGCUUAAAUUACUUUUCUUGUAUUGUAACAAUAUACAAAGUUUCAAGUUCCGCACUCGAAAAACAUUUUGAUCUCCAUACUAACUUUCGACCCCUUUUCACCACCUCGAGAGAUGAAUUUUUAAAAACGCAAAAUUUUCUGCUCUUUAAUAGAAUACCUUUUUACGAAGUUUCAAGUUCAUCGCUUAAAAUAAAAUUGGAAUCCAAUACAAACUUAAAACGGAAUGAAUUAAAAAAAAAACGCUACACGUUAUAAUAUUAUAAUAAAACGUAUUACUUAAAUAACUUUUAUUAUAAUACUUUUUUACGAAGUUUCAAGUUCCUAACUUACUAUAAAAUUUGAACCCCAAGACAACCUUUCAUCCCCUUUAAACCCCCUUAGGGGUUGAAUUUCUCAAAAUCGAUUCUUAGCUCUUGUACCUACACUUUAUAAAUGCAACCUAGUGUGUAAAUUUCAACUUUCUACCAUUUGUAGUUUCGACUUUGUGUUGUUGAUGAGUCAGUCAAUCAGUCAGGACACGUACAUUUAUAUAUAUAGAUUAAUAUUUGCUGUCACUUAGUAAAAUUGAACCACCAAGGGGGUAUUAGGUAUAAUAAGAGUGAAAUUAUUCUUUCCCCAGUGUUGAACCGCGUCAUUGCCAUCCUCAGAGCUGCAUUAUGCGAAACGAUGAAGUUUAAUAAUUAUUUUAUGAGGACUAGGGCAGAGCUUCAUCAGAGGCUUUUGUUUUUUGCGUGGAAUAGUAAUGUUAAUGGCUUAAAACAUGUGGUGAGGAGCAAAAGUAUUCUGGUCAAAUGGUUAUGGGCGGCGGUGCUGGUCGCGUCGGCGGGCUGCAUGGCCGUGCUGCUGACGCCGUCGGCGCGCGACAGCGCCGCGCUGAGCUACACCCCCGACACGCGCUAUCUUCUCUGGACGACUACCUUCCCAGCUGUCACCGUGUGUGAGACGUUUUAUGCCACGCUGGCUCAAAGGGAGUUGACGGAAAGCGCUGAGUUUAGUCCUCUGAUAAAAAAAUUAUCGUACAACUAUAUCCGCUAUUUAACGAACUUGCUGCAUGGAAAAGGGUCCUGCACAAAGGAGUUUUGCGUACCUUGCGGCUCCACGGUGCCGUGCGACUUGCCCUGGAGGCAGAUAAUUGAUUACAUCUACAAGACCUGCUCGGAGCUCCUGAGCGAGUGCGAGUUCAACGGCGUCGCGUUCUCGUGCUGCGCGCGCUUCCGCGCCGUGGACGCCGAGCACGGGCCCUGCUACUCCUUCAACACGCUCCAGCAUAGAAAUUCUACGCAAGAACCACUUAUGACAGUCAAUAUAUCUACUGGACCAGGUCUAUUAUCCUUUCGUGUUCAUCACAAUGCUUAUAUAUCCGUUCACAGUCCGGAGGAGUUGUCAACAAAUAAUUUGGAUAACAAGUUCAAGUUUGACGUACAAACUCGAGAAGAGAACUGGGUCGAGUUCCUUUUCUCGCUGGUGGAGAUGGCGAACGACCCUUUGCUAAAGUUCGAGGAGCUACUCGUGCGCGGCUGCCGCUAUCUGGAGGAGGUGCCAGCUGCGGCGCUCUACACUUACCCCGUAUACUCUUACGGAGCGUGUAAGCUGGCUGAGAGCACCACAGACUCCUUCCGCGACUGCGGCUGCGUGCACCCGGCACGCGAACUGGCUUACAAAGAUAAAUAUUGCAAUUAUACGGGGCUCAAUUGCUUGGUGACCUAUAAUGCAAACAAGAACAAGUUAGGCAUCGACUCGAAGAAGAACGACGCACUGUGCUUGCCGUCCUGCAGCGAGAGUGAGCUGACCACAAUACAUAUUUCCAAAAAAUGGAUGAGCGAGGACACCGAAGAGGGAACGAAGGUCAACAUCCGGAUGUCGUCUCUGCCGCACUUGCGCUACGAGAGGCACCUGGUUCGCUCAAGUCUGGACCUCGUCGUAUCCGUGGGAGGUGUCAUUGGAUUGUUUUUUGGUGCUUCUAUACUAAGUUUGGUGGAAGUAUUUUACCUUAUAUAUCGAAAACCAUAAAAUUGUUUUUUAUAUAUUUGUAAGUCUGAAUAAUGAGAUUCUGGCUUUUCCAUAUAUACCUAUAUUAUAAUCAUGUAAUUUGUGUGUUAUAAAUCUUAUAAUUUCCUCACUUCCCAAUCCUAACUUCCAGAGCUCAAUAAG